GCAACUUCUUUGAAUGAGGAAGAGGAACGCUGACACAGGGCUCAUCUCUGGUUUAUGAGGAAGACAGCAGCACACUGUUGGAUGUCUUCGUCCUCGGACUGGGCAACACAUCUCCUCCUGUGAUGAUUGCAGUCAGCAGAUCCAGGUCUCUUUACCAGAGACUAAACAACGUUAUCAAAGACAGGCUGGCUGUCAACUCCCUGAGUCUACACAAUUCAGCCAACUCAACAGUAAACUUGCUCAGGGAUGUUGAUCCAGUGGUCUUUGCCAUCAGGAGAGGAGAUGUGAAGGCUGUUAAUGAUCUGGCAACAUCCGCUCCUCUCAGCCUGCUGAAGGAGAACAAAGAUGGCUGGAUACCUCUGCAUGAUGCUGCCUUCUGUGGACAGACAGAGUGCUUGAAGAUCAUACUGAGGGUCCAUCCAGGAUCGGUGGACAAACGUACCCUUCAAGAGCAGACGGCCCUGCUGCUAGCUGUGUCUUUUGAACACUUGUCAUGUGUGCGGUGCCUUCUGGAGACAGGCGCCGACCCCGACAUCAGCAACAAGAACAAAGAAACCCCUUUGUACAAAGCUUGCGAGUUGGAUAAUAUGGACAUGGUGAGCCUCAUUCUGUCCUAUGGGGCCACUGUGAACCAGCGGUGUGGUCAGGGUUGGACAGCCCUUCAUGAAGCUGUGUCCAGAAACAACACAGAGAUCUGUGAGAUACUAAUAAGAGCCAGGGCUGCAAUAAAUCCACCUAAUACUUACAGCAUCACACCACUUAUUGUAGCAGCUCAGCGAGGACAUAUAAGGGCACUCUGCUACCUUAUUGAAAAAGGUGCAGAUGUGAACAUGCAGACGUGUGAUGGUGUCACAGCUCUAUAUGAGGCUAGUAAAAAUGGCCACAAGGAAAGUGUUGCAGUGCUGUUGACUAAAAACGCAGAUGCCAACAAACCCACCAACUCAGGACUGCUGCCGCUGCAUAUCGCUGCCCAGUGUGGACACCAUGAGAUUGUGUCCCUGCUUGUCUCAGUGACAAGUCGAGCCAGGCUCCGGCACAGUUGUAUCAGCCCCCUCCACCUGGCAGCAGAGCACAACAGACACACUGUGGCAGCUGUGCUACUCAAGACAGGUGCAGAUGUAAACGCCACACUGGCCAACAGUCUCUCCAUCCAGUAUGCUGAUCGACGAGCAACAGCUCUCUACUUUGCAAUUGCCAACGGCAGCACAGAGACAGCAGAGGUGUUACUGAAAGCCGGUGCUAAUCUUAGUCUGGACCCAGUCAGUCCUCUACUGAUGGCUGUACGGCAGGGCUGUGUCAGCACCGUGUCUUUACUGCUGGAGAGAGAGGCCAAUGUCAAUGCCAGCAUACCCUCUUACGCCACUACGUUCCCCGCUGUCGUUGCACUUUGCAUGAAUAAUUUGCCUCUCCUCAAGUGUCUUUUGGACAAUGGCUGUGAUGCCCCCUCCUGUUUUACCUGUACAUACGGCUGUGCCCCUCACCCAACAUCAGGAGGAUCCCACAUAAGAACAGUUGGCAGCAAUGGACUUGUUGUGCAGAAUGACAAUAUGCUCCCUUUAAACUGCAGUGAGCCACAAGGAAGAGCAACACAGUUCUGUGAGUGGAUCUCAACACCUGUUAUGUGUAAAUCGGCAGGACCGAUCAUAGAUUUGCUGCUGGAGCAUGUUGGUCACGCUAAGCUUUGCAGCAAGCUAACUGAACUGCUGGACAGCCGAGAAGAAUGGCUCGCCGUUAAGAGGAAGUCAUCGUCACCUCGUCCACUGCUGAACCUUUGCAGAUUUAGGAUUCGGACACAAAUGGGGAGACACAGACUGAAAUCUCUCACAAGUCUACCUCUGCCAGACAGACUGAUCAGAUACCUGAGCCUGGCUGACUGACUUUAAUCUGAACUUCAAGCAAUAUAAGCCUCAUAGAUGUGACUAAAUUUAUCAAUUUGUUUUCUUUUUUUAGCUGCAUCCACUAUCUCUUAUCUGUAGAUGCAAUUGUCUAUGUGUAAAAUAUCUAUUUAUAACAAAUGUAUAAUGUGACAAUAAAUUCCUUUAAUCUGUCCGUCAGAGAGUUUUGUAGUUUCACAGAAACGAAAAAUAAUCUAAUGCCCAAAGGAGUU